UCUUAUAAAUUAAACUUAUGCUUUAGUGUUGCUUGUUUUACGAAAAUCUAUUUCUAUUCAAUUAUUUUCUUAAUCAGUGGCCUAAAUUUAGACCUGACCUAAAACAAUUUAUCAAAUCGAUGACAAAACUGUAUCAAGAUUAGUGGAUUUUCUUCUUAUCAUUGCUUUAAAAUUUCGCUUUGCAUAAAACUGCCGUUUCUGGUGUAAUUCCACCCAUUGAUAAACACGAGGAAACGAUAAAUUCCCGAGAAAAAUUUGCUCAGCUGUAUUUGCGGUAUGCAAUAAUUUUUGCCUCGCAAACACCAGAAUAACUAAUGAUUUGUAAACCGACUCGAAUAUAGACUAUAGACUGUAUAAUUGGGUUGAUAAAUCGCCGCGACUCCUAAAACCUGCUAAAAAAAAUGAGGGAAAUUGCAGUACCUCGAACAGAUAAAUUAUUAGAAAUUUUUUCACUUAUCUAAUCAGUAUUUGUGAUAAGAGAAAAUUCCUGUUGAUCUCCACGAUAUAGUCUGUUUUUUUCACGUUUUAAUUGUGACUGUGUGCCAAAAUGCGAGUUUUAAUAAGGUCAGCAGUGUCAGAAUGCGAACUAAACGCAUUGCCCAAGACUCCUUUCCGAGAAAUUUUCGAUGUAAUGUGCAAAAAUUUACUAAUUUUUGAAAAAUGGUAUUUCGGGCUAAUGUAUAAAGGGCCUGAUUUUGAAGAUAUCUGGCUAGAUGGCUCCAAAAAGUGUUUGAGAGACUUGAAAAGCAUCGUCGAAAAACUACAAUUCAAAGUCAAAUAUUACCCCGAAGAUGUCGGCGAGGAACUUAUCGAAAAGGCCACAGUUGAGUUAUUUUUCGCACAAGUGAAGAAUGAUAUUGCGAAAGACAAGAUUUACUGUCCUGCUGACACCUGUGCUCUUUUGGCAUCGUAUGCUUUGCAGGCACAAUUUGGGGAUUACGCCGAAAGUAAAAGAUUGACAAGUCAAAUAAAAAAAUUAAUUCCAGACCGUGUUUUGAAUCAACACAAAAUGGAUAUUUCGGAAUGGGAAGACACAAUUGUGACAAUGUGGCAAAAGCACAAAGGUUUUGAAGAAGAAGAUGCAAUGAUGGAGCAUUUGAAACUAGCCCAAAAUUUAGAAAUGUACGGAGUGACUUUUUUCAAAAUCAAAAACCGGAAAGGCACUGAUGUGUUAUUGGGGGUUAAUGCUUUAGGUUUAGAUAUUUACAAACCCGAAGACAAGUUAAAUCCUCAAAUUUCGUUUCCUUGGGCCGAAAUAAAAAACUUGAAAUUCAAAGACCGAAAAUUUGUCAUAAAACCAACCGAUAAAACAAGUCAGGACUUUGUAUUCUUCACUUCCGAUCCAAGAAUGAGUAAAAUGAUCCUGAAUUUGGGCAUUGGAAAUCACUCUUUGUAUGUUAAGAGACGAAAACCUGAAACUACUGAAAUUGUAAGAAUGAAGGAACGGGCAAGAGAAAUGAGGAAGAAUCGGGAAGCCCAAAAGCAAAAAUUGAAUAAAGAGCGUGAGGCUCGUGAAGAGGUCGAACGCCGCGAAACCCAGUACAAACUCAUGAUCGAAUCGAUGAAAGAAGAGCUUGAAAAAAACAAAGCUAAUCUUCUCGAUGCCCAAAACACCAUCCAGAAGCUCCAGCAACAGCUCGAAGAGCUUCAAAAAUCCAAAGAAGAACUCGAGAAGCAACAGCAGGAACUGAAAGAAAUGAUGGAACGUCUGGAACACAGCAAAAACAUGGAAGCCGCUGAGAAAUUAGCCCUUGAAAAGGAAAUUCAAGAGAAACAAUUAGAAGUGCAACGUAUCCAAGAAGAAGUUGAUGCCAAAGAUGAAGAAACCAGACGACUUCAAGAAGAAGUUGAAGAAGCACGUCGCAGAGAGGAAGAACUGAGACAACUGGAAGAAGAACGCAAACAACGCGAAUUGGAGGAAGCGAAGAAAGGGGAAGAAAAAGAACUUGAAGCACUACCGGAAGGGGCCAAUACCGAGCUUCCGGAAAUCGUCGAUGUCAAUGAUCAGCUCCGGGACCAACUCAAGAUGUUGCAACAAAAAUUGGACGAGACGAGGAACCAAACGAUGGAUACGGACCUGGAUAAGAUACAUCGGGUGAAUUUGGCCGAAGGCAGGAACAAAUAUAAAACUUUAGCCGAAAUCAGACGAGGAAAUACAGUACGUCGCGUCGAAAUGUUUGAAAAUAUGUAAAAAAAUACAAAAUAAAAUAUGUUUAUUUUUUUACCAUUA